AAGUAGAAUAAUGUACAUUCGUGUCUUGUAUCGGUUUAUAGUAUGUGGUAUUACACGUAUAUAUACAUAUACCAGGACUCUAAUUGACAUUUACAUCCCUAGUUUGCCAGGGAGCGACACGAGGCUCAUCAGUUGUCAUUACGCGAAGCAAGAGCAAUGGCUAACCUCAUCUUCAUUUUUAUAUUAGUUCUUUUGUUACAGUGCAGGCCAACAAAUGGAUGCAGAUCAGGAGGCCGCCGUUAUUAUAAGGAAGGAAGCUGUACAUCGUGUGCUGCUGGCUGUAAGGACGGGAGAUGUAAUGAUGAUGGUAGCUGUAGCUGUAAAGCUCAGUGGGCCGGACGUGGCUGCAAAACAAGAUGCAGGUAUGGUUAUUACGUGUACGCACGGAUGUGUAAGAGGUGUAGUACCUGGUGCCAGUCGCGGGGGUGUAAUCCUGAUGACGGCACAUGCAAAUGCAGACUUGGUUGGGCAGGACGUCGUUGCACAAUACAAAUGCCGGUAUCAGCAGUUCAAAUAUCUCCAGAGGCAUCGACCCAGAGUACAAUGAGGCCAGCCAACGCUGCCACACUCUCUCUCACAGAUAAAGCUCGUACCGCGAAACCCAGUAUGACGGGCUCGACCAGCAGUGUCACAGUCUCCCUCACAGGGACACCUCGGACGUCAACCACGUUGGAAAAUGUCACAAACACCGAACCGGAACAAGGUGGAGAGCUGUUGAAGAGUGCAGAAAACCAAACUUGGCCAUACAUACUCAUAUAUAGUUUGACGCCAGUCGUGAUUAUAUCAUGUACCAUACUGGGCCUGUCCUUGGCGAUAAAAAGAAGACGCUCAAGGAAGACUUCCACGAACUCUGGGGCCAAGGUACCCUCCACAACAGACGGUCUGGGGGCAGGACAGGCGGUACAACUCGCCGACGUUUCGGAGGCGGGUGAAGACAGACAUUAUGACGUUAUUCAUGAACCAGUGACUCAAGUCGAUGCCAGUGAUGCAGAUAAACCAGAUCAUGUCACGGAUGAGAAUGUGUAUGCAGUUCCCUUCGAGAACAGGGAUGUCAAUUUCUAUGAAAAUACUUGCCAAAGUACGGACGGAAAUAUGUAUGCAAUUCCUACAGCAAAUAUGGACACACAUGUCUAUGAAGGAAUUAAAACACGUACAAAAAUAUCAAGAAAGUAAUUACAACGUACUACUUCAUAUACCUUUUAGCUUCCUUGUAGAUACUAAUGUCUGCUAAACACCGAGAGCAAUAAUUAAGUUGGUGAAAGUACUUAUGUAUUUCUGGAAACAUUUUUGAAUAUCAUAUACAAAAUUUAUUUGACUUCAUUUCCACAUCUAUGAGAUAGUAAGGAAUAUAUAGUCAACGCCUGUUGUAAAAACCUAUUUUAAUUUGUUAUACAAUAUGCUAUAUAUCGGAUUAAUAUUUUCAAACAGCGCCGAUUUUUAUAUAAUAAUCCUCACAUUAUACCAAAACGUUUAACACUUUAUUAUGUAUAUACGGACUGAAAGGAGAUCUAUUAAAAAAUCAACCUUUUAAAUAUUCUUACAAAGUACAUAUUUACACAAAAAAGAGUUAUGUGUGAUUUCGUUGUUAUCUCUCCUAUUUUAUUGACAAAACAUGCAGGGUGAACCUUUCUACAUUUUUUAGGGUUCCAACACCCCCUCCCUUGAAUCGGUAAUACCAUCUAAUUAUCUCAUUUGCUCACCCUUGGGAGGGGGGAGAUAUGCAUUGUUGAAUGAACAGUUCUUUACAUGAAUAUUUUAGUUGUACAUAUAUAAUGUUGUACUGUCUUAAAUAUUGCUUCAUUUUCUGUAAGGAAGCCUUUGCGUACGCCAUUAAAUUUUAAUAAAUGUUGAAUCUGCGGACCAAACACGAUAUCAUAUACGUCCCGCGUAUCACAUCGCUGAGUACCGAAUACCCUCUAAAUAGACCCCUGAAUCCCGCGUACCAAAAGGGGGUUGGCAGCCUUAUUUUGGGGACGUUUUUAAUAAACUAGACUUGAAGUUGAGAAGCCUCUGUAUGCACGGUAUCUGUAAGCCCUGAAAAAUAAUAUAAAACACGGUAAUACUCACCACAGCGUACAUAAUAUACACCUUUUUUAAAUAUGGAAACAGGAUAGAUGAUAUAAAUAAAUGAAGAUGUCUUAGUCAUAAAAAAACGAAAAAAAAAAAAAAAUAUCAAGCGCAUGUAUUUGCCCCGGGAAUGAUUUUACAACAAAUGCCAAA